AUGUUCAAGCUCAUCACUGUUUCAGCUCUUCUCUCAACCGUCACUCUCGUCGCGGCUGGUGGCCCAGCUGAGGUCUGCACGGGCGGUGGCGGCUGCGUCGAAAGACAAAUCACUAAGGAUUGCUGUGCAGCCGUCAAUCAAAACACACGCUUUGAUGAAGUGUUCCAUCAAUGUAUCCCUGAUCGUAAUUUGGGCUUAGCUUUGCAGAGAACCACUCUGACAAUCUAUAAAGUCGUGAACGGCAUUAACACAGGAGGCAUGGUUGACUGUUGUGAAAGCAGAGGCGCUGGCUCUCGUGAGGAGGACAUCGGAGCAGCAACUUCCGUCUGUUAG